AAUGGAUCAGAGCCAUAAAUGACCUUUGAGACUGUGCAACCAAACUUGAAAAUCUCAUAUCAGCAACUGAUAAAGGUCCUCCAGGAGUGAGGUUCUCAAACAACGCAACUGAAUAUAACAGAAAAUAAGGCAUGUUUUCCUUCAUUUCCUGGUUUAUUCCAAGUUUUCCUACUUGGUUAACACUGGGUGCUAUUCCUUUACAUGGUAUUUUACAAGGGCUUGUUGGUGCUUGUGGUAUUUUGGUUCUUCGUAACCUUUUAAAAGUUUACUUGUUUGUCGAUGCACAGAGUGCUUCAGAUGCUGAAACAGACCAUAGAAAAAAGAAUAGAUCAAAUGAUGGACUGACAGAGAAAAUUCAAUUCUGGAUCCUUACAGUGAUUCUUUCCUUUGUGGGGUCUCGUGUUGCAUCACUGGUAGUUUUAGAGUUCUCUCUUCGAGCCAUUUCAGCACGGAUCACAGGAGCCUCAGACCCAAUAAGUGACCCAUUAUUACUGCUGCUUGUCCAAUGCCAGUUCUCCUUAAGCUGUGCAUUAAGCUGCAGCCUUAAUUUUCUCCAUGAGGAGGCACCACAAGGCUGGCUAUGCCUUAUUCUUGCAGUUGGACUGAGCUGGUUCUUGGCAAGCCAGUGCAGUGAACUAUGGCACCAUGUAAAGACUAUGUAUCCAAUACAUAGCACACAGCGCUACUGUGGACUUUGCAUUGGACUCUUAACCACAGGCAGUUCAAUAUUAACCUGGCUCUGUAGUGUCCUAAUUCUAAUUUUUGGGGUAUCAGGGAUUGCUGCCAUAUCAAACAUAAACCAACACUUUCUAUCAACUACUGAGGCUCUGAGAUUUUGGACCCCUCUUACAAUCUGCUACACCCUACUGGUAGUGUAUAUGAAUGAGCAUCGACGUCAACAACCUGACCAGCAGGUUCUUCUAAAUACAGUUGUUGUGCGACUGGGUGGGCUUUUUGUUUUACUCAUGACAGUGGGAAGGUGGUCGGAUGUAAUCCAUGUCCUAAUCUGCUUCAUUGGUGAAGCCGCAUGCUUGUUUCCAUCUCAAGACAUUUUGGAAGCCAUAUCUCAGCAAGUUACCCAUGUGCCUAAAUGCCCAUUAAACAGGCCAGGAAACCAGAUUGGACAAAAGAAAAGGGGAAAAAACGACUGAACUUGGAUGAAAACACACUUGAAGGAUAUAAAGGAGUAGGAUAAACAGGAAUUAAGACUUUUACAAGAUGACAUUUUCUACAAAGUACAGACAUUAUUUAUUGAGAAAACCUUCCAGUCUGUAAAGGACCUUGGUUUGUAUGAGAGAAUAAAGUUCUUUAUUGAUGUACUAUUUAAUGGACCUGUGAAAAUUCCCUAUUUCGCAUAAUAAAAUUUGCCGUAUGGUGAAUUC